AUGACUAUACCCUCCGAUAUUCUGGCUGCUGAUGCAGCAGGGCGCAUUCCGAAGGAUGUCUCCCUGGAAUUCCUGGCGCAAUCCCAAGAUAAAUCAGCCAUCGUUGGAAUUGUAUUCAUGGUCUGUUUUACGGGCCUUUUGAUGAUCGUGCGUUUAUAUGCCCGGCUCUUCAUUGUAAAGAAGAUCGGCUUGGAUGAUGCAUUGGCCAUCCUCACACUGCUGCUGUACAUCGUGUUUGUCGUUCUAUCCAUCGUCCUCAUUAACCUGGGAAGCGGCCGGCACAUGGAAUACAUCCAAUAUGUGCUAUCACUUCCAACAGUCCGGGAUACAGAAAUUUUGGAUUUCGUCGCCCACAUUCUCUACACAACAGCACUUUUCCUAUGUCGCCUUUCAGGUCUGGCCUUCUACUACCGACUCAGUGUACGCUCAACAAAGUUGCACCUGAGCAUCCUCAUUGCAGCCCCUCUCCUUUUCGCCGCAUUCCUACCGCAGAUCUUCCUCUUGAUCUUCCACUGCAAACCAGUCACCGGUCUAUGGCCGUACGAAUGGCAACCAGAGCCUAAAACCUAUACAUGUCUGUCAUGGGGCUUGGUGUACUCCGUUAACUCGGGAAUAUCGCUCGCCUGCGACGUGAUGAUGUUCAUCCUCCCAGCGAUGCUGAUCAAACAACUGCACGUCUCAAUGAACAAAAAGAUCAAACUUUCCAUCGUCAUGUUCCCUGGUGUCUUUGUAAUCGUCAUAUCCGCAGUCCGCGUCUGGCUCGUUGCAAGAGGCCAAUGGGAGCCCGAUGGAAGUUGGGCAUACAACCCAAUGUUAUGCGUUGAAAAUGCCGAAAUCGCAGCAACCCUCGUCGCCCUCUCAGUUCCAGCACUGAAGCCCGUCUUCGGCUCCCUCUUUGCCCACCUGACAGAGUACACGUCGAGUCAUACCCGGUCUCGGUCCACGAAGCUUCGCAGCCAUGGAUUCGGACACUCCAAGACCGCGGCUAGUGGUGCUGCGUCCAGUAACAGGGAUAGCAAACGCUUGAUCAACUGGUCCAAAAUUGGCAAAGAUGAUUAUGAAAUGAUGCCUUCCCAGGUCUCGGUCACUAGAGAGGUCAGGGGUAAUUCUUCGGAAGGGAGGGAGGGGUCGAUCAGUCCUGGGAUUAAGGUGACUGAUGAGAUUAAUAUCAGUCGGGAGGAGGACAGGAGGCCUGGGAGGGCGAUUUCAACGGAGACUUGA